AUGCUGGGAGGCCUGGGGAAGCUGGCUGCUGAGGGCCUGGCCCACCGUACCGAGAAGGCCACUGAGGGAGCCAGUGAGGACCUGGGGCUCCUUUCUACCUGGGCUGGGGGGAUCUGGGGCAGACUGGUUCAUGCCGUGGAGGAAGUAGUGAAGGAGGUGGUGGGACAUGCCAAGGAGACUGGAGAGAAAGCCAUUGCCGAAGCCGUAAAGAAAGCCCAAGAGUCAGCGGACAAAAAGAUGAAGGAAGUUACUGAGACAGUGACCAACACAGUCACAAAUGCCAUGACCCAUGCAGCAGAGAGUCUGAACAAACUUGGACAGUGAGUGCACCUGCUACCACGGCCCACCCUUCCUGAGUCCCAAUA